GGCGACCACGCGGACGCUGCAAAGGAGUCGGUCGCAACCGACAACUAUGCCAACGGCAUGGACUUGAUGGACAUCUCGAAAGCUGACCCAGAUGUGGCGACCAUGUCCACCGAUGCACUCGAAACCCUGGAGGAGGCUGCGGUUCGGCUGUAUGAGAUCGUGGUGCGGCCUGCA